CUGAAGGAAUCAACGAAUAUAGAAGAAGGCGAUAAAGCGGAUAUAAUCCGAAGAAGAGAAAUCGAGGAGGGGGUGGUGGUGGUGAUGAGGGGUGACGAGAUCGAUCCUGAGGGGUUUUCGGCGGGCGGGGGAAAAGGUGGAGGAUGGGCGAAACGGGAGGGGAUGAAGGAGGGCGAAAGAACAAAGAGAGGUGGCGGGAAGGAGGAUAGAAGAAUCAGGGGAGAGGAAGAGGGAGGAGAUGGAGAGAGAGAGGGAGAAAAGACGGGAGGGGGAUACGGAAGAGAAGAAGGGGAGAAGUGGUGGUAGCGAGAAUAGAGGAAAGGUGGAAGAGGAAGAGAAGAGGAAGAAGAAGGAGGAGGAGGAAGAGGGAGAGGGAAGAGGGAGAGAGAGUAGGAAGAGAAGGUGGGAGCAGCAAACAG